AUGUUGAAGAAAGUAAAGACCAAGAUUGGAAAAACUAAACAGCAGUCAGCCAUUCAAAAUGUUGCUACCAAGCGUCUGAUGAAAGAUUGGAAAGAGAUCAUUGAAAACCCUUUGAAGGGUAUCAAUGCAUGCCCUGUGAGUGAAAAGAACCUCUUUACCUGGCAUUGCAAUCUCAAAGGUUAUGGAGCUUACGAGGGUGGUAUUUUCCACAUCAUCAUGAACUUCCCUCAAGAGUAUCCUCAAAAACCACCAACCAUCACAUUGUGUACAAGAAUCGAACACCCUAACGUGUUUGGUAACACUGUGUGCUUGGACAUGUUGCAGGAGAACUCUGGAGAGAAGUACAGUGGAUGGUCAACUGCCUACACUGUUCAAUCCAUUUUGGUCCAAUUGCAAGCAUUCUUGUUCGAAGCUGAUGUCUCUCGUGUGUUGGCAAACAUUCAAGAUCCAAAAACUUAUGAACAAAAGAAGAAGGAAUGGCACAGCGCUGUCAAGUGGAGUGUUGAACAAUCGAGAAACUAUUGUGAUCGAUCCAUUACUCCUUAUCACUUGCCACCUCAUAAACCUUAUCCAAACUUCCCUGAAGAUGCUGAAGAAACAAAACACUUGUUCGUGGAGAAUAAGGAGCAAUCGACCAAGUCAAGUGAGGAGAUUGAAGCUAUUGCUGCCAAAAGUGAGCUUGUUUGUUUCUUUACCAGAGAAACUUAUGAGGAAGAUGCUCUCGGUUAUGGUAUCUCAUAUUCAAAGAAUUUGAGAACUGGUCAAAUCAAAUCUAUUCAAACACCUUUGGAUUUGAUUUCAUUGAGAGCUUUUAUGAAUCAUGAUUUGAGAACCUCAUCUUACAAUGAAAAGUUCACACACUGGAUUCCAAUUUAUAUUGAGGAAAAGCAUGGACAAAAGGCCAUGUAUCUUGCAGAACGUGCCAUUUCAAUUAUUUGUACUGGAUCCGCAAAGAACUUUAAACCAGAAAUGGUUUUGGAAGUUUUGCCUAAACUCAUGGCUACCAUGACCGUAGAGGUGAUGUCCAACAGAAAGCAUGCAAGUAUCAAAGCUUUAAGAGGAUAUUGUCAUUUCUUUAGAUUGUUGCUUGAAUUUGUCAAAAAGUAUCCACAAUUGUUGGAGAAGAUCAAUGCUUCGAUCAAGAACUUUAUUGAGGAUGAACAAGCGAGACACAAGGAUGUUUGUCCUAACUUGGGAGAAUUCUUGGCUUUGGUUCCAGUGAGUGACUAUUCAUGGAAGGAUGUUAGAGAUGCCUAUAUCCAAGAAUCAUUCACAAGAAAUGUCUUUUGGUUGUUGAAUAAGUACGAAGAAUUAGAAAUGGAUUCCAGCGAUGAAUUCACUGAUGACGACAGACUCAAAUACUCUUUCGACACGACCAAAGUGAGUCAAAAGCUUUUAAUGUUCAACGUAUUCUUCAUUGAACAAGUCAGCCAUCCAAACAACGCCAAGACCAGAGAAGAGGUUGCCAGAAUUUUUGAUAUCCACUUGGGAAGAUGUCCACUCAAAUACGAAGACAUGUUCAUUGAUACGAUCGAAAAGAUUAACAAGGUCGAAAACUAUAUCGACUUUUUCAAGCAAGUUCAUGAAGACAAAGUCUACAAUAAGGAAGAUAUUAUCAAGCUUUUAAAGGAAUCCAUUAAGAAAUCAAAGGAAAAGAAAUACCAUGGCAGCUCAUUCGAAGUCUUGAGUCCAGAGGAAUUUGCCAAGCAAUCCAAGCAAGUUGGUUUAGAUGCUUUCCUUGUUCGUGUUGGAAACGACAUGGUUUUGGAAGGCAAUGAAGAUAACUGGAAAGAAAGAUGUUCACAAAGAUGGGGACUUGUCGAAUUGCCAGAUUAUCUCGUCAACGCAGAGAAUCCUUGGAGAAAGUUGUACUUGCAAAACAAUUUGCAAGAUGUUAUUUCUAAUCUUAACGAUUCUUCUGAUUUCAACUAUUUCCAUGAAACUCUUGAUCGCUCAGUAGAGAUUCCUCGUUUGGAAAUUCAAAUGUUUAACCCAGAAAAGCUUAAGAGCAAGUACUACUUCUUGACAUGUGUCCUCACCAAGCUCAAGAAUUUGGAUACAUUAAUCAUUUCUCGUGGCGAAGAUGGACUUGGAAUUAAGGGAUUCCGUGCUUUGAUCAAGGGUCUCUCGAACAAUCCAGGCCAAUUACAAAAUCUUAUCCUCGAUAGCUGUGAUAUCACCGCUCAGUCCAUUCAGGAACUUACAAAGGGACGACUUGUAUCAUCCAAUUUGAAGAGAAUAGCAUUGAAUGGUAACUCACUUGGCAAUGACGGAGCUGAGUAUUUGGCUCAAUUCCUUAGAAGACAUGAAAAUCUUCCACACUUGACAGAGCUUGAUUUGUCUCGUUGCAAUAUUGGAGACAGCGGUGCAAAGGCUAUUGCUGAGGCUCUCUUGGUCAAGAAGGAACUCAAGUUGUUGACCUUCAUUGGCAACCCUGCAGCAGGUGGUUUGCAACAAAUCUUCCAAAAUCUAAGUUAUUCAACCUCUAUUGAGGCCGUUGAUUGCAGCAAGUCUACUGGUGAAUUAUCUAGUGGUGAUACUAGCAUUGGCAAAUUACUCGACUUGUCACAAUCCAUUAAGAAGUUGAAUUUAUGGAAGACUGUUGGUGUAUCUAAUCUUUCUCAAACCGUUUUCAACAAAUUAGGAAAGUCAAGCUUGAAGGAAAUUGAUAUGGCUGAGACCAACUUUAAGAAUGUGAAAUACCUCGCUGCUUCCCUAAAGGAUAACCAACACCUCGAAGACAUUAAUUUAAUGUCCAAUGGAAUCACUUGCACAGAUCUUUUCAGUUUUUACGAAGAAUUGCUUGCGCUGCAUCAAAGACAAACCGCUGGUCACAAGAAGACAACUUCUCAAAAGGAUUCAUCAAGCGAAGAUCAAGCGAAUCAACCUCCUCCACAAUUGAUCAACCUCAAGAGAAUCAUCUUGUCAGGAAACCGAUUUGACAGCUAUCCAGCCAAUAAGAACAAAUUCCCAAGAGUAAUUGGUGAAAUUUUAAAGAUGUCUCAUCGUUUGGUAUACUUGGAUCUCUCCAAAUGUAACAUUAAUCGUGAACAUAUGGAAGGAAUUGGAGAAGCUUUGACUCAAAAGUUUGCAUUGCCACUCAAGACUUUGUUGCUUAGAAAUAACAACAUUGGAAAGUAUGGAUUGAAGCCAUUGAUUGCUGCUUUGCAAACAAACACCACAUUGGAGCAUUUCGAUAUUUCUGGAAAUGACAUUGGUGUUGUUGGUGCUGACUUUUUGUCUCAGAUCAUGAGAGAGAAUAAGGGAAUCAAAACUUUGAACUUGUUCUCAUGUUUCAUCCAAAUUGAAGGAGCUCAAUUGUUGAGUGAAGCUCUUCAACAUAAUUCCACACUUACAAAUCUUGACUUGGGAUUGAAUAGAAUUAAGGUGAGAGGAGCCAUGGCAAUUGUUAAAUUGUUGCAAGUGAAUACCUCAUUGAAGCGAGUUGGAUUGAAACAUAACCAUAUUAAUGAUAAGGCAGGUUUGGCUAUUGCAACUGCCAUCACUCAAGAUAAUCCAAACUCUUCUGUGACUUAUCUCGCACUGGCUGGCAAUUAUUUGUCCACACCAAAGAGAUCUGAUAUUUCUCUCUUAUUGAAUUCUUGUAAAGAUAGAAGCAUUGAGUUCGACCUUGCCAAGCUUGUGGACGUCAAGGAUCCAGAGAAGCAAGACAGAAGUGUUUACAUUACUCCUCUUCCAGGUACUGUCACAAGUCAACAAAUCAAGAGACUCUUCUAUCAAAAUAGAUGCGGUGUGAUUUUGAAUGUCUCAAUCCUCAAGCACAAGGUUGCUGAAAAUUACCAAUCUCAAAAGUAUGCAUUUGUUGAAUUUGCUCAUCCUGAUUCGGUUCAAUUGGCCAUGAGAUUACAACAUCAAGGAAAGAACUUGAUUAAUAACGUUAAGGUUAGAAUUGCAAAGGCUGGUAUUCAACAAAAGGAAGAGGAUUCCUCUAAAAAGAAGAAGUCAACAGGACCAACUCCAGUGAGAGAACGUGUUGCCAGAAGAGGUGGUCGUGGUGGUGGCCGUGGUGGUCGUGGUAGAAGACGAUAA